AUGAUUGAAAAAUGGCGCGGUUAUAUGAAAGAACAGAAUACCAAGUCGAAACUGAAAAAAACGAAAUUCGACUUGUUUGUCAUUUACCUUCUAAUUGGUAUCACCCUUACUCAGCUUUACUAUGCAUUUUGGUCACCACCACCAAAUAUGUUUCGCCCCUUAAAAAGGAUGCCUAAACGUAAUUACAUAAACUCACUUCGAGAAGGCCUUUUACGAACAAAAGAAGAACUUUCAUCCAAAGAAGAAAUUCUACUUGACAAAUUUCAAUCACUCGAGAAUCGUUUGGUAUAUGCAACGUAUGGAGAAGAGGCAUUAAUGGAAUGUACAUAUUGUAAAGAUAUAUCAGAUUAUUUUUAUUUCAUCAUACCAACAAUAAUUUGGUCAUAUAUCACAAUGUGGGUGGUACUUGGGAUUUCUACAAUGUCAAAUAAUAAAGCCAACAUGAGAACAUAUGGUACAAUAUUUUUAGUAGGAUGUGGGAUUUUUGAAUUAUACACUUUAUCCACAGCCGAUAUACAAAAUAAUAAAACUACCGGUACAUCUGAAUUUUUAUAUUGUACAACAGAUUUCUAUCGUAGAUUAGCAUUUUCGAUUUUAUGUUUAGGAAUCUUGUUAUACGGAAAAGCCGAAGAAAGAUCUGCUAUGGAAACAAUUUAUGGAAUCAUUAGAAAUCAAGAACUCAUCAUACAACGAAACAAAGCAAUAAAUAUACAACGCACUGCGGUGUUGAGAGAUGAAAACCUAAGAAAAAUAUUUGAAGAUUUUUAUAAAACAAGAGAGACUGAAGAUAAUUUGGAUCCUGGAUAUAAAGAAGCGAGGGACAACUAUCUAAGUGAAAAUGGUAUUGAUAAAUUAGCUGAAUUAUAUGUUAAUGAUAUUACAAAGAUGAAAGAUUUAGAAAAUGAGACAGGUUUUGCAUCUGAAAUACGGAAUACUGGUGAAUCAAGUGGAUCCUCUUCUCAAUAA